CGCACGGCGCCGCCGGGAGCCGGGAGCCGGGAGGAGCCGGCCGGGGCCAUGAGCACCGGAGCCCCCGACGGGGCGGCGGCGUGCUCGGCGCUGCGGCAUGGCCGCUGACAACCGCUCGGCGGCGGGCGGCGGCGCGCCCUGGGGGCUGCCCGAUUUCCUCUUCCAGAAGGAGCUGCUUGCUGCCAGAGACACAGACCCCAUGCACAACCUCUCUGCGCAGCCCUGGCAGGCGAAGAUGGCCAACCUGACCUACGACAACGUCACCCUCAGCAACCGCUCUGAGGUGGCCAUCCAGCCUCCCACCAACUACAAGACGGUGGAGCUGGUUUUCAUCGCCACGGUCACCGGCUCGCUCAGCCUUGUCACCGUGGUGGGCAACAUCCUGGUGAUGCUGUCCAUCAAGGUGAACCGCCAGCUCCAGACCGUCAACAACUACUUCCUCUUCAGCCUGGCCUGCGCGGACCUCAUCAUCGGGGUCUUCUCCAUGAACCUCUACACGGUCUACAUCAUCAAAGGCUACUGGCCGCUGGGGGCCGUGGUGUGCGACCUGUGGCUGGCCCUGGACUACGUGGUGAGCAACGCCUCGGUCAUGAACUUACUCAUCAUCAGCUUUGACCGGUACUUCUGUGUCACCAAGCCCCUGACGUACCCGGCCAGGAGGACCACCAAGAUGGCAGGGCUAAUGAUUGCGGCUGCGUGGAUAUUGUCCUUCAUUCUCUGGGCCCCUGCCAUCUUGUUCUGGCAGUUCAUUGUGGGCAAGAGGACAGUCCCUGAGGGGGAAUGCUACAUCCAGUUCCUCUCCAACCCAGCAGUGACCUUCGGCACAGCCAUCGCUGCUUUCUACCUGCCCGUGGUCAUCAUGACGGUGCUGUACAUCCACAUCUCCCUGGCCAGCAGGAGCAGGGUGAGGAGGCACAAGCCUGAAAGCAGGAAAGAAAGGAAAGGCAAGUCCCUCAGCUUUUUCAAGGCCCCCCUGAUCAAACAGAACAACAACAACUCCCCCAAGAGGGCAGUGGAGGUGAAGGAGGAGGUGAGGAAUGGGAAGGUGGACGACCAGCCCUCAGCACAGACAGAGGCCACUGGCCAUCAGGAGGAGAAGGAGACCUCCAACGAGUCCAGCACGGUCAGCAUGACCCAGACCACAAAAGACAAGACCACAGCGGAAAUCUUGCCGGCGGGGCAAGGACAGAGCCCUGCCCAUCCCCGGGUGAACCCAACUUCCAAGUGGUCCAAGAUCAAGAUUGUCACCAAGCAGACGGGGACCGAGUGCGUCACCGCCAUCGAGAUUGUCCCGGCUAAGGCGGGAGCCUCUGACCACAACUCCCUGUCCAACAGCCGCCCAGCCAACGUCGCCAGGAAGUUUGCAAGCAUCGCCAGGAGCCAGGUGCGGAAGAAGCGCCAGAUGGCAGCCCGGGAGAAGAAGGUCACCCGGACCAUAUUUGCCAUCCUGCUGGCCUUCAUACUCACGUGGACUCCAUACAAUGUCAUGGUCCUCAUUAACACCUUCUGCGAGACCUGUGUUCCCGAAACAGUGUGGUCCAUCGGCUACUGGCUCUGCUACGUCAACAGCACCAUCAACCCGGCCUGCUACGCCCUCUGCAAUGCCACCUUCAAGAAAACCUUUAAGCAUCUCCUCAUGUGCCAGUACAGGAACAUUGGCACGGCCAGAUAAGCUGGCACUCAGGGACAACUUAAGCCAAGUUACGGCAGUCCUCCCCUUUGUCUCCUUUGCCCCGAGGAGAGACGGGGGGGGGGGGGGGGGGGGUCCUCUGCUCCCCACUCACAGAAGUGCAGACUGUGAAGUGCUUGCAGGUGAUGCCCUUCAACACUGACGAAGGCCCACGGCACCGCUGGGCUGCAGCUCCUCCAGUAACCCUGGGCCCAGGGACUCGCUGGGGGAGCCAGAGAGAGAGCUGGAGGUGAGAUGAGGCCAGGAGAUGUGGUUACCAGUAGCCCUCCCAGCCCUUGAGAUGUUGGCCAAACAGCAUCAGUGCUUCUCAUCAGACUGGGUGCCUCUUCUGACCAUCUCCCAGGCCUCAGAGCUUGUUUGCACGCAGGCAGCCUAAUGCCAGAUGCUUUCAAUAGGCUUGUAGACCAUUUAUUGCCCAAGAUGAAAAAAACCAGGGGGUCAAACUUGCCAGCCACUUUGGACCAGGCUGGCUUGAGUGUGCUGACAGAAAGUCCUUCUGGCCCAUCCAGGCCCCCUCCUGAGGAGGUCAAGGUUGUGCCCUAGCAGCUGUGCCGAGCUCCCCUCCUCCCCCCCGAUCUCACAUCCUGACCUAGGGACCUGUGGGGAAGGCGUGGGGCACCUGUCCCACCGAUGGUGGCCUGCGUGCACCCCAGGGAGGAUGGAGGAGGUGGCCGCUGAGCUUUGUAAAUGGAUGUAACCCCACGGCCGGUGCUGUCGCGGAGUCCUCAGCAUGUGGGGUCCCGCCAGCCCUGUCCCAGCCCAAACCCCGUUGUGCCAAUGCCCCGCUUCUCCCAAGGCCGGGGCACUGCCGAAAUGUGGGGCACGGCCGUGUCCGUGCGUCUGUCCUGUCCCCAGGGCGAUGCCGUGCGACCUGGAGAUGGGCUGCCCCGGCUGGGUGGGGACCCCCUCACUGCCACCGCCUUUAGGAUAACCGACAUAGUGUCACUACAAUGCCCAGCGGGUUGGUUUGGGGUGUUUUGAGAAGUGUGACAACUACGGCUGCCCCCCCGCCCCCAGCAAAUAAAGACCUCGGACCAGAAACG